AUCACUCCAAUAAUGUCUCCUCCCAUUUUCCCAAUUCCUUGUCUAAAAUCCAUGGAACAAAAUGUCACAUUGGUAUUUUUCUAGGAAGCCGAUUUGUUCUGCUACAUUACAUACAAUGUUGAUCAAUACGUAUACUUCAUUCAAAUCGUAAACAGAUCGAAGAAUUCAGAAAGAAAAACGAAAGAUUGGUGUUUGAGAAAUUUAUAUAUUGCAACUAAGGUAGCUAGACAAUGGCAACAUCCCUGAACAGAGAGCCAUCCAAGAAGGCGAUACGCAGCCCUGGGGGCUCUACUAGCUCUCAAGGCAAGGCUAAUUCCAGUGGCCAAACUGUUAAGUUUGCGAGAAGAACUUCGAGUGGACGGUAUGUGAGUCUGUCCAGAGAAGACCUUGACAUGUCAGGGGAAUUAUCAGGGGACUAUAUGAACUACACAGUUCAUAUUCCUCCUACCCCUGACAAUCAGCCUAUGGACACCUCCGUGGCGGUCAAGGCUGAGGAGCAAUACGUCUCCAACUCUUUAUUCACCGGGGGAUUCAACAGCGUCACGCGUGCUCAUCUCAUGGAUAAGGUGAUCGAUUCGGAGGUGACUCAUCCUCAGAUGGCUGGAGCCAAAGGCUCUGCAUGCAUGAUGCCUGCUUGUGAUGGUAAGGUGAUGAAGGAUGAGAGGGGAGUUGAUAUAACCCCUUGUGAAUGCAGGUUCAAAAUCUGUAGAGAUUGCUAUCUGGACGCCCAGAAGGAAACUGGAAAUUGUCCAGGUUGCAAGGAGCAAUACAGAGUAGGGGAAGAAUAUGAUGAUUCACAGGAUUAUAACUCUGGAACCCUGCAAUUGCCUGGCCCAGAUGGAAAAAGGGAUAACAUGUCUGUGAUGAAGAGGAACCAAACUGGAGAUUUUGAUCACAAUAGGUGGUUGUUUGAGACCAAGGGAACCUAUGGUGUUGGCAAUGCUUUUUAUCCCCCAGACGACUAUGGUGAUGGCGGUGGUGAUGGCUUCCACGGAGGCCCACUGGAGUCGGAUGACAAGCCUUGGAAGCCCCUCAGUCGGAAACUGCCAAUCCCAGCAGCCAUUAUCAGCCCUUACAGGUUGCUGAUCUUUGUUCGGUUUAUCGUGCUAUGUUUCUUCUUGCAUUGGAGAGUAGUGCAUCCAAAUAAUGAUGCAAGAUGGUUGUGGCUCAUGUCUGUGAUCUGUGAGAUAUGGUUUGCCUUCUCUUGGAUUCUGGAUCAGACUCCCAAGUUCUUCCCCAUCAAUCGGUCGACCGAUCUUCAAGUCCUCCAUGACAAGUUUGAUAUGCCGUCCCCUUCCAAUCCCACUGGCCGUUCUGACCUCCCUGGUGUUGACCUCUUUGUGUCCACUGCUGAUCCUGACAAAGAGCCACCUCUUACCACUGCAAACACCAUCCUUUCAAUCUUAGCUGUUGAUUAUCCGGUCGAAAAGGUGGCAUGCUACAUCUCUGAUGAUGGAGGUGCCCUCCUCACCUUUGAGGCAAUGGCAGAGGCUGCAAGUUUUGCUGAUUUGUGGGUCCCGUUCUGUCGGAAACACAACAUUGAACCAAGGAACCCUGAGAGCUACUUCAGCUUGAAAGUUGACCCAACAAAGAACAAGAGCAGGCUAGACUUUGUGAAGGACAGGAGGAAGAUCAAGAGGGAGUAUGAUGAGUUCAAGGUGAGGAUCAAUGGGCUUCCUGACUCAAUCAGGAGGAGGUCUGAUGCUUUCCAUGCCAGAGAGGAAAUGAAGCAGCUGAAGAAUAUGAGGGAGAGUGGAGGUGACCCUUUGGAGCAAGUCAAAGUCCCCAAGGCCACAUGGAUGGCUGAUGGCACACAUUGGCCUGGUUCUUGGGCUGUCCCUUCCCAUGACCAUGCCAAAGGUGACCAUUCUGGAAUUCUUCAGGUGAUGCUGAAGCCUCCUAGCCCUGACUCCCUUUUGGGAGGGGCAGAUGACAAGCUCAUAGAUUUCACAGAUGUCGAUAUACGCCUCCCUAUGUUUGUCUACAUGUCAAGAGAAAAGCGGCCAGGCUACGAUCAUAACAAGAAAGCUGGUGCCAUGAAUGCGCUGGUGCGAGCAUCAGCCAUCUUGUCCAACGGCCCUUUCAUUCUCAACCUUGACUGCGACCACUACAUCUACAACUGCAAAGCUGUCCGUGAAGGAAUGUGCUUCAUGAUGGACCGUGGUGGCGAAAACAUCUGCUACAUUCAGUUCCCACAGAGAUUCGAAGGCAUUGAUCCCUCUGAUCGCUAUGCCAAUCACAACACUGUGUUUUUUGAUGGCAACAUGCGUGCUCUUGAUGGUUUACAGGGUCCAGUGUAUGUGGGAACAGGGACCAUGUUCAGGCGGUUUGCCCUGUACGGUUUUGACCCUCCAAAUCCUGACAAGUUGCUGGUGAAGACUGACACUGAGACGCAGGGAGGAGAGCCUUUGACACAGUCGAACACACAACCUUUGACAGCCAGCGACUUCGACCCUGAUCUUGACACCAAUUUACUUCCCAAGCGUUUUGGAAAUUCCACAAUGCUGGCAGAUUCUAUACCCAUUGCUGAGUACUACGGUCGCCCCCUAGCUGAUCAUCCUGCUGUGAAAUUUGGACGGCCUCCUGGUGUUCUCAGGGCUCCUCGUGAUCCACUCGAUGCUACUACUGUUGCUGAAGCUGUCUCUGCCAUUUCUUGCUGGUACGAGGACAAGACUGAAUGGGGAGACCGUGUGGGUUGGAUUUAUGGGUCAGUCACAGAAGAUGUGGUGACGGGGUACAGGAUGCACAACCGUGGAUGGCACUCAGUCUACUGCAUUACCAAGCGUGACGCAUUUCGGGGUUCAGCUCCGAUUAAUCUCACAGAUCGACUCCAUCAAGUGCUCCGUUGGGCUACAGGCUCUGUCGAGAUUUUCUUCUCCAGGAACAAUGCCUUCCUUGCCUCAAUGCGUCUCAAGUUACUGCAGCGCCUUGCCUACAUCAACGUCGGUGUCUACCCUUUUACCUCAAUAUUUCUCAUUGUCUACUGCUUCCUCCCUGCACUCUCACUCUUCACUGGACAGUUCAUAGUGGCAAAUCUCAACAUCACAUUUCUAAUCUACUUGCUAACCAUUACCAUAUGCCUUAUAUCUCUGGCCCUCCUGGAGGUAAAGUGGUCUGGGAUCGGUUUGGAAGAGUGGUGGAGAAACGAACAGUUUUGGCUCAUUUCUGGAACCAGUGCUCACUUGGCUGCUGUGGUGCAAGGGCUUCUCAAAGUCAUUGCAGGAAUUGAAAUCUCUUUCACAUUGACUUCCAAGUCUGCAGGUGAGGACGAAAAUGAUGUCUUUGCAGAUUUGUACCUUGUUAAGUGGACUUCCCUCAUGAUCCCUCCCAUUGUUAUUGCAAUGGUCAACAUCAUUGCCAUUGCUGUUGCAUUUUCCAGAGAGGUUUAUGCAUUAAAUCCUCAGUGGGCUAAGUUUAUUGGUGGAGCUUUCUUUAGCUUCUGGGUGCUGGCUCAUCUGUAUCCUUUUGCCAAGGGUUUGAUGGGGCGAAGAGGGAAGACACCGACCAUCGUGUUUGUUUGGUCAGGUCUCAUUGCCAUUACACUUUCCUUGCUCUGGGUCGCCGUUAACCCACCAGGUGCUGCCGGUGGUGCUGCAGCAGGAGGCGCCGGGUUCCAAUUUCCAUAAGCAUCUCAAUGAGUACAUUUUAGGGUCAAGAAACUGUAGAAAUAUAAAACUAGCAGGAUUGACAGUUACCUUCUUCUGUUAUCUUUAAAAAUGGGCAUCCAGAGAAUUUGUUUUGUUCUUUGAUUGUAAUUGGUGGAGUUUGUAUAUCUUUUAUUGAAGG